AUGACCUACCAAGAAAUGAUUGAGAAUGCAUUGCUAACUUUGGCUGAGCGCAAGGGUAGCACUCGCUAAGCAAUCUGGAAGUGUAUCAAUGUCAAGUACCCAGAGGCAGACUACAAGCAGUUCCUGAUUAGACUCAAGAAAAUCAAGCAGCAGGCAAUGGACACAGCUUGGAACAAGAAAUCAGCGGCUAAGGAUGAAGCCCAAAGCACUCAGAAGAAUGUCAAGGCUGAAGAAGUUUAUAAAACAGUCGGUAGAGAGAGUGGCUCAACUUCAAGCUAUGUGGAUAUUGAGUUUGAGAAAGCAUCUCAGAGGUACAAGCUAUCCCAAGACUAUAGGAGGAGAAUGCUCAAAGCUUUGAACAAGCAACAGAGUGGAGGAUCUUCUCUAUCCAAGAAGAGAGUUCAUAAGACCAGUGCAACAAAAAAGUCUGAUACUAAGGCUAAACUCAAGGCAAGAAGUAAGAAAGCAAAGGCUGUCAGAAACUCAAAGGCUAAGAGAGCCCUAGGAGGCAAAAAUUCUUCAGCCAAGGGUAGAAAGAGAGUUAACUCUGAGCAACUUAAGAGAGAUAAGGAAAGGGCUGUUAAGAAGAACAUGGGUUCGACUUAGGUCAAGCAGAAGAAGCAGAACAAGAGAGUUCUAAAUGACAAGAGAUCUGAGAUCAACAAGAAGAUCAACAAGGAGAAGAGAGAGUCUCAAAAGAGCCAGACUCAAGGCAAGGACAGAGAGUCAGGUAGAAGAACUGUGACUGAUCAGGACUUGAAUGAGGGCACCUAGUAGUAGAAACAACAAUCUCGCUAAUCUAGCAAGAAAGACAGCUAGAAAGGUGAUCCAAAGGAAGCUCAGAUCAAGGGUAAGAAGGGAGGCAAGACUAAUCCCAAGUCAUCUACUGGAAAGCCUAGUAACAGAGCUAAGCAUGAGACAUAGAUCCCAGAGACUCGCCAGUCCAAGUUGAACUCCUCGAUGGCCAACCCCCAGGGAGCCAGUGGCAAGCAGAAGCCAGGAAAAUCCAACAUCUCAAAGCUGAUCAAGAAAGCUAAGCCAGGCAAAGGCAAGCAGCAACCAAGCAACUGA